AGUCCCGUGUCCCGAGUCCCGUGCCGCGCCGGGGGCGAGGGAGCGGCCGGGGGGGAUGCGGCACCGCCUCGCUGCGCCUCCGAUGUGAGGGACGGGCAGCGGCCCCUUCCCCGCCAGCCCCGGACCAUGGCGGUCCCCGGAGCCCCUGGAGAAUAUGAUGUGCUGAUUGUGUAUGCAAGUGACGCCGCUGAAUGGUGCCAGUACCUGCAGAACCUCUUCCUCUUUACUUGGCGAGUGGGAAAGCAGCGCAUCCUGAGCUACCAGCUGCAGGACAGCUCUGCCAUCUCCCAGCAGGAGCUGCACCUCUUCAGCCGGAGUCGGAGUAUCAUCCUUCUGCUUUCUGCUGAGCUGGUGCACAGUUUUUACAUUCCUCACAUCCAGCAGAGCCUUCAGGAAGCUUUAUGGCCCCCGUGCAAAGUGGUCAAGCUGUUCUGUGGUGUUACGGACUGUGAUGACUUUUUGACCUUUUUCAAGGACUGGGAUCAGUGGCAAGAACUCACAAAUGAUGAUGAGCCUGAUGCUUACCUUGCAGCUGUUGAGAGGGCUAUUUCAGAAGACUCAGGCUGUGACUCUGUGACUGAUACAGAAACAGAAGACGAGAAGAAUCCAGCUGACUCCCACAGACUUGCCAUGAGUGAAGAACAUGGAUCAUCCAGGAGCACUGGGGACUGUCCAGUGGUGCAGCCCAGCCGCAUACAAUGUGGGGUGCAGACAACAGUUUAUAUUAUCAUGAAAUGUAAACUAGAUGGUGAAAUGAAAACUGAAGUUGAAUUUUCUCCAGAGAAUGCAUCCUCUGUGCGUGUGCUGGCUGAGAUGGAGAAUGAGUACACAAUCUCUGUGAAGGCUCCAAAUUUAACCUCUGGGACAGUGACCCUGCAGAUAUAUUCAGGGGACUUGAUGGUGGGAGAAACAAGUGUCACUUACCAUACUGACAUGGAGGAAAUCAGCAAUCUGUUGGCUAAUGCAGCCAACCCUGUACAGUUCAUGUGCCAGGCCUUUAAAAUUGUGCCAUACAGCAUAGAAGCCCUGGACAAACUAUUGACUGAGUCACUCAAGAAGAACAUUCCUGCUAGUGGUCUACACCUGUUUGGAAUCAACCAGCUGGAAGAAGAAGAUAUGACAGCAAAUCAGAGAGAUGAGGAGUUGCCAACACUGCUUCACUUCUCUGCAAGAUACGGGCUGAAGAACCUUACUGCCUUGCUGCUUACGUGCCCUGGAGCACUGCAGGCCUACAGCGUGGCCAACAAGUAUGGCCACUAUCCAAACACCAUCGCAGAAAAGCACGGCUUUAAGGAUCUGCGCCAGUUCAUUGAUGAAUACGUGGAAACUGCAGAUAUGCUAAAGAGUCACAUAAAGGAAGAGCUGAUGCAAGGCGAGGAGGAUGAGUCUGUUUAUGAGUCCAUGGCUCACCUGUCCACUGAUCUGUUAAUGAAAUGUUCCUUGAAUCCAGGCUCCGAUGAAGAGCUUUAUGAAUCCAUGGCUGGAUUUGUCCCGGGUGCCCCAGAAGAUCUUUAUGUAGAGAUGCUUCAAUCCAAACCAGACACUCCAGUUGCUGGAGAUGAAGUUUCUUUAACUACAAAGGACUCAAUGCUCCGCAAGUUUUUAGAAGGUGGUAGCAUGGAUGUGCCAGAUUCUGAGGAAGGAGGUCAUGAGCAGUAUGAUGAAGACGUGUAUUACUCAGUGGAACAAGACCCUUUUCCACAGGAAAUGGCUAACAGACCUCCAGUUCCUGUUCCAAGACCAGAAUCUAGCUCUCCACAGCCAGACAAUGAACUGUACAUCUCCAAAAUUUUUGCACAGAAGGCUCAAAGACCUGAGAAUCUUUAUGUCCCUAGAGGAAGGGUUAAGAAAGAGACAAUAGUCAGGCCUGUGAGGGACCUGUCUCAAUCAAGUAUAUAUGAUCCGUUUGCUGGAAUGAAAACCCCAGGUCAGCGGCAGCUGAUUACAUUACAGGAGCAAGUGAAAAUGGGCAUCCUCACUGUGGAUGAAGCUGUACUUCAUUUUAAGGAGUGGCAACUGAACCAGAAAAAGAGAUCAGAAUCAUUCCGCUUCCAGCAGGAAAAUCUGAAACGUCUACGAGACAGCAUAACCAGGAGGCAAAUGGAGAAGCAAAAAAGAGACAAAAGUGCAGAUUUGGAAAUUACAGUACCCAUUCGACAUUCUCGUAAUACUUUGGGGAAACCAGAAUGUGGAAUAUAUGAAUACACGCCCAGGAAAAACCUUUUUCCACCAAAAAGGGAGUUAAAACGAGGAGACUGGAAAACAGAAAGCACAUCCAGCACAACAAGUAGUGCAAGUAAUCGCUCCAGCACUCGGAGUAUCCUGAGUGUCAGCAGUGGGAUGGAAGGGGACACUGAGGACAGUGAAGUCCCAGAAACAGCAAGGAGCCGCAGCCCAGUUCCUCACCAAGCAGAGAGGGUUCCUUUCCCAGAAAGGCCUCCCAGAGUGCCUCCUCGAGGUGCAAGCAGGCCUGUGAGCUGUGAAGGCUUUUAUCCUCCACCUGUGCCCCCAAGAGGUCGCUGAAUCUCUCAACAUCUGUGGAAUAUGAGAAUUUUUUUGUUUAUACAUGUGUUUGUACAGAUUUUUUUGGGCUGUGUUAAAUUAUUUAUAACUGGGACCCAAAUAAUUUCAUCCCCUUCGUCCUCCCUGAAGCUCUGGUGACUUUUCCCAUGAUUUUCACUGGGACCUUUUGGCGUUUUAUAACUUUUUUUUUAGUUGGAAGAAUUUUGGUGCUUUGGGGCUUCAAGAAAAGGUAUCAUCAUUGGGAAGAACAUUGAUGUGUGUCUUGGGAGCCCUGCAUCAACAUGAAGAUCCCAUCUAAUCAAGAAAGCACAUGUGUCCUUUUAGGAACUAAGUCCUAAAAGCAUUGUUACCAAACCUCUCAAUACAGUCUAUCAGGGCUUGACUGGAAAACAUGCUUAAAAAGUAAAGAAAAUAAGAUGUUUGAAAAAUGCUCAUUACAGUGGAAGCAGAUGAAUGUACUACUGCUUAGCAUAACAUUUUGUAUACAAUUAUACUGACCUUUCAGAAGGUGUAGCAUCCCCCUUUAGCAAUCAUUAAACCAUGGGGGGAUGAGAAAUUUUCUUCAAGAAUGUAUUUUGCGCACAGCCUUGAAAAUGCCUUUCCUUUUCCUGUUCACUUCCUGAGGAAGACAGACAAGGUGUUGUGUGUCCUGUAUUUACCAUGAAAAUUCCCAAGACAGCUGGUAAGGGACCUUCUGUAUCACAAACCAACUGGGCUUAAGUUUUUUCAUGCAAGUUGCAGAUAUGGUGUUAAAAGAUCACAUGACUGAGCUCUCAAAUUAGAGAAGGCCUGUGUGGCAGUGCU